CGUAACUGUAAUAUACAACCAGCCCCACAACCCCCAACGCAUUCAGAGUCGAGUCAUAGAGAGGAACUCAAGGGAAGAGGUUAUAGACACGUAAACUGACGUGUUCGACCAUCCUCCCUCUUGCUACGGGCGAUACUAUGGCAACCAGAGGCACAACUAUUGACCGUUCUUGAUCCAUCUACGACAGCUUCAACAGCACCAUAGAUGACAAAGAAUGCAACGGCCAUCAUCAUACUCGGCCUCACCGCCGUUCUUUGCGAAUCAGGGAGGUGCGAUGCCGCCACCGCCGGUACCUCUACGAAAGAAGCCGUCGGACUUGGGUACGAAGGCGUCGAAGUUGAAUCAGAUCAUACAACAAUUCUACUGCAAAGCUGCACACGUCGUAUUCCAGUCUCGGACCACCACCACCCCCGUUAACCCACGCGGACCCGUACCAACAAAGACAAACAAAUGGUUUGCCCUAGAGUUGGAGGAUACAGAUGCGUACCGGGAGGAACUACAGUUUUGGAGAUAUGCAGAGGCGUCUGCCACGUCUGAAGCACCCAUCCCUCCGCUCGUUAUCGAUGUUGUGCUGGAUGUUAGGGAUUUGACGCCGAGCGAGACUUUGCUACUGGUGGAUGACAGUGGCAGGCGGAUACAAGUGGACGCAUUGGGGACUGGACGUGGAAGGAAGACGGAAAUCGUGUUGGAAAGAUGGACAGUCGACUUGAGAGGCCCACCCCCAGCCUCACCCCCUGAGCUUCCGGUCGUCUACAAGAAGUCCAUCGUCUUAUUCCGCUCCAUGUACAUGCACACCCGCCUUCUCGCGACCUACAAGCUUCGAAAACGUCUACAGAAAGCAAAGGUCGGAAACACACUCAAAAUUGCUUGCCGCGUCUAUGCCGAGCAAGCAGAUAUGAACAGGCGGAGUGUACCCCUGGAAACGCCCAUCUCAUCGCGAGACUCAAGGAAAGAGCUGGAAGAGUUUUCAUUUGGAAAGGUGGAUACACCCGCGGGUUCUUUUCAUGUGAACGUCGCAUACCGCACCUCCUGCGAUUUCCGUGUCGAUGACUCAGAGGCAUUAUUGUCGAGUCAUUUUAUCGAUAUGGAUGAGGAUUACUUCCGUCCAGCUGCUCCUAUCCCAGAGAAACAAGGGACUCCAUCUAGCUUACCGAGUACUACCUCGGGCAGUACCGGAGCUUCUCAGGCUGAACCGGGAACUACGCAUGCGUAUGGUAGUUUGUCAUCCCUUCGCAGGCCUACACCCCAGCAUACCUCUUCUCUUCGGGGUACUCGGGCUGUCACAGGUUCUUUUGGAGACCGCAGCAAGUCUUCGUUGAGGUCUCAUGAUGGCGAUGCCGCAGCGAUUCCUAGAAGACCUUCCGUCACGUUCAUUCAACCGUUCAAGUCGCCCACGCUGAGUGCGAGCCCAAUACCGGCGGAGCAGCAACCCCAGAGAGCUUCGUUCACUAUCACUCGUACCGGAAGCAGAAACUCGGUCAGUGCUCCUCCGGUUGGGUCCGUAGGUGCGAGUGGAUCGAGUUUGAGAAGUAUUACGACGCCGAGCCUGCCCACCGCUGAGGUCCAUCCUGUGCGUCCUCCGUCGGUCCCGAGGUACAGCUCCAGCUUCGGUGAACGACGUAAAGGAAGUUUUGCAUCUCGUCGACGCCCGAGUAUCCUCGAUGAUGCAGGUCGGACAAGUUCAAGCAGCGGCGGCAUGCCAUCAGUCACAGCACCGGCCGAAGAGCACGACGGCCUGGACGAGUUCUUGAAGAUGGUUGAUGAGCGGAAACCGUUGCAAAGCUCGAUCAUGGCUGCCUCGGCACAAGAAGCGCCUGCGAUACGGACAAGGACAUCCGUACUCAGCAAAUUCCAAAAGAUGAAGGACUCGCAUGCGGCGUUGACGGACUCGUUGACGGUUAGUCUGAUGCUGCAGAGGCCUUCAUCCACCCCCGGGAGUGGAAGUAGCAGGCAUAUCGGAAACGUCCCGGCUAUGGUUUCCGGGGCUUCGUAUUCGAGUUCUUCAUCUCCUGGGAACAGGCUUAGCCCACAUACUCCGAUUAUCCCUUCAAAGUUGAGCGAAGGGUCAACGAUACAUCACUAUUCCCAGCGAAGACGCCACGAGUCUCCUAGGGUUGAGGAAGAAGAAGAGGAAGAGGAGGACGUGGCUGGACCAUCAGCAAGCCCACUGCGCGAGCACCGUCAUGCAUCAGCUGCGACGACGAGUCCGUUGGAUAUCCCAUCGAGUCCCAUGCCAUUCCGGUUGCCCCGUUCGAGCUCGUUCACGCAGCGCGUAAACUCGGGCGUCAUCGUCGAUGGCGAUACAACGAGUGCAGGCCGCUAUGGCGCAAAGAGAAGACCCUCGAACAGUUUAGGAAGCAUCGAUCAGGUGCAGCCAGAUGAAAGCCUCUUUGCAACGAGUGCCCGGGACGUCAUCACUGCCACACCAAUCACCGAGCUUGAGACGGAGACGACGGAAUCUCAGAACGUGGGUGUGACGGAGGAUAGCUCCCAGAACGUGUCGUCCACAUCAUUGUUCUCUAGAGGCAACUCUCACCGGUUCGCUGCUCGCGGUAGGUUCGGGUCCAGCUCUACGUUGAGCCAUGAUCAUGCACAUCACCACCAUACCCACGGAGCUCGUCGUGGCUCUACGUCCUCCGCUGCGAGAACCUCCAACAGGGGCUUCAGUCUUGCUGUCGACGAUGACGAGCUCCUCUUCGCCAUGAGCGAUAUGAGUGUCAUGGGCCACAAAAGGCCGAGCUCCACAGAGAAGGUGAACCUCGAAGGUCUUCCAGAGCACGAGUCCUGAGCCUGGUGUGCAGUCGUUUUGGCUUUGUUACUUAUUUUCUCAUUCACGUUCGGUUUUGCAUUUCUCAGCAGUAUGCGUUUAUUGGCUUUCGGUGUAGAUGGCUUUCGGGUGUUCAAUGCUUUUUUGAGGUAUUCUAUGAGGUUU